UCCAGUUGCUCCGCAGCUGUCGCGCGCGUCGGUCGCGUGUCUCGUGCGACUUUGCUACCCAUCCACCGUAAUAUGGAUAUAUACCACACCCGCGCUCUUAUCGAAAUCCAUUUCGCAUAUUUGUGGCUACGCGAAGUUUCCGAAAAACGUAAAUGGAUUAUUUUGUAGAGUGAAAACGGGAAACAAAAGUUUUAUAAGGGCGAUGUGGCUGAUUCAAAUGUAAUUUUAUACGAAUAUAGUGUAACUUAUUUAUUUAUUUAAUAAAUAAAGAAGAAGACGAAAAACAAAAAAAUUGCAAAAAGACGAAAAAUGGAACGUUUCAAAAUCUAUAAAUCGAUGGUGUUGUGCUUCCUAAAGUGGUGAUCUAGUGUCAAAGUGCCUCGAAAGUCUGAUAUAAUAGACUGUUUAUUAGGUGUAAGUUAUAAUUGUGCUAAGGAUUAUGCUGAUCAAUACGUUUUUGGACACGGAGGAUUUCGUGCACCUGUAUUACGCCGAGGAUGAGGGUACAGCGCAGGGGUGCGGGGCCGGGGCGCGUAUGGCCUCCAAGUACCCUGCAGCCAGGCCGCCUUCUCCAGAAUAUUCACAGGUGACAGCGUCGUCUAGCGAGAUGGGUGAGCGGGAGCGUUACCGCGCCCCGCCGGAGCCUCCGCCGCGACGAGCCGCCGACCUCUUCCCGCGGCACCGCACGCACUACGACGAGCCCGACCUCGACGCCGGCUUCUCGCCCAUCCCCGGCGAGUUUGUGCAGUGGGUCAGUAGAACGGCAGAUGGCGGCACUAUCGCCAUGUCGAACUACAGAUUACACGCUCAGCCGAGACGCCGACACGGACCCGGCUCGUCCGUUCCCUUGCGUCUCAUCGAUGCUUUGGAGAUUCGGGAUAUACAGCAUCUGAUCAUUCUUUGCAAGAAUGGUGGCCAAUUGAAAUGUACGUUCAACACCGGUGAUCAGUGUCUGGAGUGGUGGCGCCGGCUGUCAACAGCCGCACUCUCGCCCCUGACUUCCAUCCAGGACACUUUCGCUGCUGCUUACGCCGCCUGGGCUAAGGAGCAGCCCAAGUCGUCCGUGCAUCGUGCUUUGAUCGACGAUUCCAUGGCAACCCAGCGACACUGGUUCACGAUCGAAAUGGAACGGUUAGGCUUCACAGAAAAGGGUGCUUGGCGCGUAACAUCUGUCAACUCCGAGUUCAAGCUCUGCCCCUCGUAUCCGCCUUUACUCGUGGUGCCUGCGUCCAUCGGUGAUGAAGAUUUGGACUCGGUCGCUAGGUUCCGUGCGAUGCGUCGCAUCCCGGCCGUGGUGUGGCGGCACGCGGGCACGGGCGCGGUGAUCGCGCGCUCGUCGCAGCCCGAGGUGGGCUGGCUGGGCUGGCGCUCGGCGGAGGACGAGCGGCUGCUGGCGGCCUUCGUGUCCUCGUGCGCGGCCGACCGCGGCGCCACCAAGCUCAACAACCUGCUCAUCGUCGACGCCAGGUCCUACGCCUCCGCCGUCACCAACAGGGCGCGCGGCGGCGGCUGCGAGUGCGCCCAGUACUACCCGCUGGCGGACAUACAGUUCAUGUGCCUGCCCAACAUUCACCACGUGCGGAGGAGUUUCCAACAGCUUCGUGCGCUGGCCGCCGAGCCCGCGGACCCGGCCAACUGGCACAGCGGCGUGGAGCGCACGCUGUGGCUGCAGUACCUGGCGGGGCUGGGGCGCGCGGCGGCGGGCGUGUGCCGCGCGGUGGCGGCGGGCCGGCCCGUGCUGGUGCACUGCUCGGACGGCUGGGACCGCACGCCGCAGAUCGUCGCCACCGCGCAGAUCAUGCUGGACCCCUUCUACCGCACCAUCGACGGCUUCCGGGUUCUGGUGGAGCGCGAGUGGCUGGACUUCGGGCACAAGUUCUCUGAGCGCUGCGGCCACCAGUUCGGACCCGAGGACCCCAACGAGCGCUCCCCGGUGUUCCUGCAGUGGCUCGACCUCGUGCACCAGCUGCAGCGGCAGUUCCCCUGCAGCUUCCAGUUCAACGAAGCCUUCCUGAUAAAGCUGGCGACGCACGUGCACUCGUGCAUGUUCGGCACGUUCCUGUGCGCCAGCGCGCGGGAGCGGCGCGCGGCGGGGCGGGGCGCGGCGUGCGUGUGGAGCCUGCUGCGCGCGCCCGCCUACUGCAACCCGCUGUACGCGCCCGCGCCGCGCCCCGACCUGUGGCCCGACUACACCGUGCGCUCGCUGCGCCUGUGGGAGGGCGUGUUCGGCGCGCCCGCCCCGCCGCCCCCCGCGCCGCCCGCCGCGCCCCAUGGUGACCACACCGCAUCACUACACUAUAAACUGGUGCCGGCCACCAUGACGAAGACCCGCUCGUGCGACGACCUGCUGGGCGAGUGCGAGAAGCGGACGGCGCAGCGCCGCUGCAGCGACCCCAGCCUGGCGCCCGACCUCAUGAAACUAUCUCGGGUCGUCAAAGAGAACAGCGCCCUGACCGACAGCUGUGUGGAGAGACUGGCUGACCUGGACGACGCCGCCCAGCAGCACGACCAGGUGGACGGCGCGCCAGACGAAGAGCCGGCGCGGGGGAGUGGCGCCGGGCGAGGGGACGGCGCCGGGCUCGCGGUCGGCACGGUGGCGGCGUGCGCGGGCGCGGAGGCGGAGGCGGAGGCGGCGGCGGGCUCCCCCGAGGAGGCGCCGGUGUUCCUGUGCGACAACUACAGCGACGUGCUGGCGCUCGGAGACGCGAGCCGCGAGGGGGGCCGCACUCGCCACAUCAGCAUCACGUGGCGCUCCGUGUCCGAGUCCAGCACGCACUCCUCCAGCCCCACCGACACCGCGCCCUCUGCCGCGCUACCGGCUGACCUCAACGUCGACCUCAAUGCAGACCUCAAUGUCGACCUCAAUGCAGACAUCAACAGCGAUCUCAAUGUAGACCUCAACGCUGAUGUCGAUCCUGCUCACAAUGUACAGGAAGUCACCGCCAAAUUUCUCGAAGUCGAACUUAACGGCGGCGCGGCGUGGAGCAGCGGCAGCUCGUCCAGCUCGUGCGAGGGGGAGAGGCGCGGCGCCUCGCAGGCCACGCUGUGUCCCCGCCCGCGCCGGCCCCCCACCGAUUGUUCAGGCGCGUCGACGUCCUGGUGGGACGCGGCGGAGCCCCCGGACGGGCUGCCGCUCGCGCUCGACCCGCUGCAGGAGCGGCUGCACCAGAUCAUUACACAUCAAAAGAAAGUGGUUGAGGACUUGACGGGGCAGCUCCGCGAGUGUCGCGAGGCGCUGCGCCGCGCCUCCCCGCCGCCCGCGACCCCGGCGCCGCGCCCCCCGCCGCCCGCCGCGCCGCCGUCGUCGAGCAGCAGCCGCAGCAGCCGGAGCAGCGGCAGCGGGUCGGCGUCCGAGGUGGAGGUGGGCGAAGAGGCGCGUGGCGUCACGUGGCUGCCCGACAGUGCGGCGCCGCGCUGCCAGCACUGCCAUCACCACUUUUGGCUCGCCAGGAGGCGCCACCACUGCAGUUGUCUCGCAGACGGUGCGGUGGGAUAUUCUGCGGGUCGUGUGCCGAGCUGAGCCCGUGGGGGUCGCGGGGGCACGUGCGCAUGUGCGCCCCCUGCCGCGCCCGGUGACCGCCCCGCCCCCGCCCCGCCGCCCGCAGCCCCGCGCGCCCCCUCGCGACGCCCGCACUGCUAUACGAACGAAAUACCUCAUUAUUAUUAUUAUGAAUAAUUCAUAAAUCAAAUCGUACUGAGGACUUACAAUGUGCUGCGUUAGAAAACGAUGAAGACACUCACAGUAAUAUGAANACCUCAUUUGACUCAAACUUUUCUAACGGACAUUCUAAGUCCGCGACACGAGAGGCGACCACGCGGGUGCCUAGCGAACAACUCGUGUGUGUUCUAACGUCAAUCUCAACCGGACGGUGACCGUCAAGUGGUCAUCGCUACCAUUGAGACGUGUUAAAACACGAAAGCGUGUUUGUAUCCACCGGUCCCCCCCGCGGGGUCGCCGCCGGGGAUGAUGACAGGUAAAACAUAAGAACCUCAAGUGUGGUUAAACUGCAGCUCUGACCCCACGCGCCCAACGAACUGCACUUGACCUUAUGAAUUAUCAUAACAAUUGUUUAAUUUUAUGAAGGCGAGGCGCGUCCGUUGUCGAUGUCCGCGGACCGCACCGCGCCGGGGGACGCGAAGCAUUUAUCGUUUAAGAAAUAUUCAAGGCCUUGUUUUAAAGCGAGAGUUUAAAUUAGGGAAUCGUUUCCGCAGCCGCCCUCACCGCCAGAGCGCUUAUGGACUUCAGAACUUGCAACUAUACUGAGACCUUAGAACUCAUCUCAAAGUGGGUGGCGCAUUUACGUCGUAAAUGUCUAAGGGCUCCGGUAACCACUUAACACCAGGUGGGCUGCGAACUCGUCCACCCAACUACGCAAAAAAUAAAAAAAUAAAAAAAUAUCGAUACCAAAAUUUUUGGUCAUACACAUCACUUAUCGUAACGAAUUCAAGAAGAAGCUAUAAAGCGCUCGGGUGAGCGCGGCCGCGGCGAGACAAGGACAAAUGAUUUUAGUAAAUGUACGCGAAGGCUGAAUUAAUUAAAUUAUAAUUAAUAAAUAUAUAUAUCUUAUAUAUAAAAAUAUAAAGGAAAUUCGUGUUACCUAAUAUGAAGUAAUUUAAAUGGCACUCGUUAUUAAGAUAUAUAUAUAUAAAAGAAAUGUUUUAAUUGUAAAAUGUUUAAUGUUUUAUUGAUCGCGAGUGCCCGCGCGGCACGGCCCGCCCACACUUACAGUAACCGUAUUUAUAAUAAUGAUUUUAACGAACUCUAUGGUCAAACGAAGGUCCCUACGCGUCGGGGCCAAAGAAUACAAACUGACAUUUUGUAUAAUAAAACUUUUCUCUUCGUUUUUUUUUUUUUGUAAUAUAAAGUUUUUAAUUAUUAUUUUUGUUUCUAUUAAACUAGUUUUGUACAGUUGUUUUGUUUCACUCCACGUCGGGCGACACUCGAGACAAGGACGGAGGUAUGCGCGCGGCAACGUGCGCGAGCGAGAUAUCGAUAGCGCGUCCAUUUUUUUAAAUUCGAUUGUCGUGUCAUAGACUAAUUAACGCACGCGACACGUUUUCGAUAAUAAUAUUAUAAAUGUUUAAAAUGACUGAUGUGUGUAUGUAGUGACUUCAUUACAAAGAAAACUCGUUAAUUUAUUAUUAAUAUUUCAAUUGCUGAGAAUUUUAAUAAUUUUUUUCUUACAAUACAUUUUUAUUAGUUGUCAUUAAGCCAUUCGGUAUACAACUAUAGACUAAUGUGUGCGAAAUAAACGGUCUGAACGACUUUUCUUUAAUUCAUACAAUGUAUUUACGUUUAAUUUGUGAUAAUAAAAAUAAUUAUUUUAUGUAUAAUAUAUUAAGAGUUUAAAACGUCGUUGUUUAGAAGUCAAAUUUUACGAUGAUUGUAAUUGGUGAAGCUCCUCCCGCAGUUAUAUCCACUUCGGAUGUUUCAAAUCAUAUUGCGUACCUAUAUUUUAUAAAUCUGAACUACAAUACGCAACGUAGCGCUUCUAUGCAUUAUGUGCUCUGUGUUUGUUGUCGACGGUCGGGCGACAUGCUGGCCGCCAAUGUCACAUACUAUGCGAAACCGGGGUUCGAGACUGGCCGUGUUUGCUUUUAGACUCUCUGUAACUCACGUGCUCACGAGCGCUCACGGGUGCUCACGAGUGCUUAUGGUCAAACUGGUCUACGUCACGCGUCAAUAUAAGUCGAUACGUGAGCGAUAUUUCUAAUCGCAAACACUUGCCUUCGUCUCAGUAUGCUUACAACAAAACGUGGGGCCGUAAAUCGGUAACGCGCCAAUCGCUUUUAAGAUGUUAUAAACCAACGAACUGUUUGUCAGACGGAUAUUGUUAUGUGUAUAUUUUAUACGUUGGAGCGCCGCGACCGAGCGAGUCCGGGCGACCAACCGAUGACACGAUGUGAAAUAAAGCAUAUUUAGUUUUAACUUG